AUGCCUCCGAUAAGUUCGUCAAGCCGCCGUAGCCUUCGCCAUGUCAUCUUCUUCAUAUUUACCAUAAUCUACGUCAUAGCUAUAGGUGUUUUCAUUACCUGGCUCGUAACCAAACGCAAGAAACUUCAUUACAGUGUCCAAAACGCGUCGGUCCAAAACUUGAUCCUUACCAACGACAAUUACAUGUCAGCUACGUUCAGAAUCACCAUCCAAUCGUACAACCCUAACCACCAGCUCUCGGUUUACUACACUUCCGUCCAGAUAUUCUUGGUGUUCGAGGACCAGACCCUUGCGUUAAACACCAUAGUGGAACCUUUUCAUCAACCGCGGAUGAACUUUACGCGGAUUGAUGACACCUUGAUCGUGCAAAACGCCGCCGUUCCUAAAUCCAUUGGUGAGGAUUUGAGGGCUCAAGCUUCGUUGGGAAAUAUCGAGUUUGAAGUGUUUGUUAAGGCGAGGGUUAGGUUUAUCAUUGGAUUUUGGUGGACAGCACAUCGUACGGCUAAUAUUAAGUGUUCUCAUGUCACAGUCUCUUUGUCGCAGCGUAACAAUUUCCAAAAUAGUUCAUGUUACGCUAAUAUUUAA